AGCUUGUACAUCGCUCAAGUCUUAACAUCUCACGGUGCUCAACAACUUCUGCAGCAAGUUGUAACCUCACCGGUACCACCACCAAGCGGUAUCCAAUCGUCGACAAUCCCUGCAGCUGUAGUAUCUGCAGGAUCUGCUACGACUUUGUCGACGGCGACUACAACGACGGCAGUUGCUGCGAGACCUUCUACUGCAAACAACAACAACAGCAACAGUGCCGUCAGGUUAUCGGGCACCAGAACAGCCGCAGAGAAGCAGAACCUUCGCGAGGGCUUGAGCACGAGCACGUCGUCGUCCCAGCCGCUGCGGAAGGAAUCGGACGAACGGGCCGGAACAAUCGAGAGUGGUAGCAGCAACACCAGCAUGUUACUGCUGCAGCCACAGGCAUCUUCUUUUAGUUCCAUUUCUUCGUUUGAUUAUUUGCUAUCGCAACAGCAAAACCACCCGGAACAAUCGUACCAUCAAUUGGACAACUUUGGUCCCCCUCACGAUCAGCAACCGACAAGUCAACAGCACCACCAACUGGUGUCUGGACUGCUAUCCUCCACCCAUCAACUAGACAAGUUUGCCGAACUAUUCGAAUCUCCGCAAGCCCACACUCCGGCAGAAUCCGUUUCUACUGAGUCGUAUCUCGAUCAAACCCAACAUUCAAACAGCUCCAGUGACACUCUCGUAGGACUAGAAGAUAAUCAUACUUCAUUUGGUGGCUCUACCGAUAGUAUCCCAACUGCAUUACUCAAAGUUGAACCCAGUCUAACCGACCUACCGGAUCCAUUCAGCACACCAGGUCCGUCCCGCUCCCAAACUACUGAACCGGAUCAAGAUCUAAUACUUGAAACAUCGUCAACCGAGGAACUAGGGCUUUUAUCCUUACGCUCCAGCAGCGACCCAGUGUUGGCAAGCAGUGCCCGUCAUCCUCAGCUUCAACAGAAUCCCUUACAACUUAUCCAUCAACAAUCAAGAACCGGCCCUCGACCAAAUCCGUCCACAGAAGAACCCAGUGGCAGCGGUCUCAGUGUAAUUCUACCUAGCUUCCAGGAGACUUAUCCCAUCAAAUACAACCAACUGGCAAGUUUCGGUUUAAAAAUGGACGAAGAUUGCUUCAAAAUCGCUGCCUCACCACAUCAUCAAACAGUGGGCUACGGUCAUCACAGUUACGGGCAUCACGGUGCGGUCCACCAGGGCCAUUACGAGUACACCCAACAUGCCGCUGCCCCGACGGCACACUUUGCCAAUCCCUCGUCGGGUGGAACAUUCUACACACCAUCCUACGAACAACACGCAGCGGUAAGUCUUGCACCGAAACCACCGCUCCCCACGCCCGAUCCACUAAUAGAUUCCGUUCCGCAGAACUACGGCGCCGUAACUCCCCAGGACACCUACUCCUUGCCACCAUUCCCAACUAUUGCCGAGCUUCACGUUUCCACGACCUGUUACCGUCGGGCUUCUCUGCCGCUUCAACGCUCGGAAUCCACCUCCAGUAGCGAAAGCCCAAAACCGCCACGAGCGGGCAUUUACAAGUACUCGGCUUUACCGAGUGCGUCCAGCUCAGCUUCCAGCUCCCCGAGCUACAUCAACAACAAUAAUCCCAACACGAUCAACAACAACGAAGUUGCUGCGGCUGCUGCAGCCGCCGCCGCCGUUGGAGUCCCUUGUGUGACUCCCGUGCCACGUGGUACCACCCCUCAAAGCCCAUCUCAGAUGUGCGCCGUCUGUGGCGACACGGCAGCCUGUCAGCACUACGGCGUAAGAACCUGCGAAGGGUGCAAAGGAUUCUUCAAACGUACCGUACAAAAGGGCUCCAAAUACGUUUGCCUCGCCGAUAAAGCCUGCCCGGUUGACAAGCGACGGCGCAACCGGUGCCAAUUCUGUCGAUUCCAAAAAUGUCUGGUCGUCGGUAUGGUCAAGGAAGUGGUUCGCACCGAUUCGCUCAAAGGCAGACGAGGACGGUUACCAUCCAAACCGAAAUCCCCGCAAGAAUCUCCUCCAAGUCCACCCGUCUCCAUGAUAACCGCCCUGGUGCGAGCUCACGUCGACACUACACCCGAUCUCGCCAGUCUCGACUACAGCCAGUACCGGGAGCCCGGCCAGCAUGAACCCAUCAUUUCCGAAGCGGAAAAGGUGCAGCAGUUCUACAAUCUCCUCACAACCUCGGUGGAUGUGAUCAAACAGUUCGCCGACAAACUACCCGGAUUCAGUGAUCUCAGCCCCGACGACCAGGAGCUUCUGUUCCAGUCCGCCUCGUUGGAACUGUUCGUGCUGCGGCUGUCGUACCGGGCCCGUAUCGACGACACCAAGAUGACAUUCUGCAACGGAGUGGUGCUGCACAAGCACCAGUGCCAGCGAUCGUUCGGCGACUGGCUGAACGCCAUACUCGAGUUCAGCAAAAGCCUGCACUCGAUGGAGAUCGACAUAUCUGCCUUCGCGUGUCUCUGUGCGUUGACCCUCGUUACCGAUCGUUACGGGCUGCGAGAACCGAAGAAGGUCGAACAGCUGCAGAUGAAGAUCAUCGGCAGCCUGCGGGACCACGUCACCUACAAUUCGGAGGCGCAGCGGAAGCCGCACUACUUCAACCGGCUGCUCGGCAAACUGCCGGAGCUGCGAUCGCUCAGCGUCCAGGGGCUGCAGCGGAUAUUCUACCUGAAGCUGGAGGAUCUCGUACCGGCACCGCCGCUGAUCGAAAACAUGUUUCUCGCCAGUUUGCCGUUCUAAGCGUUCGGCAAAGAUUCACGGACACAGUAAUACUUACAACAAGAAAGCUAGCUAAAGAAAGACUUAAACUGAGUUCAAUUGAGAUGAGAAUUUUUAGGAAGCUAUCAUUUUCACUUUCGACCUUAUAGGGAACAUCGAAGAUCGGGAAUGCGAGAUUGAGUGGAAAGUAUAAUUAUUUUCAGAAUGAGAGCGUAGUUGAAAUUUACUUUAAGAAAUUUCAAGAAUAUUUAGGAUAAGUAUAACUGUCACAACACAAAUCAUCGCUAUUGAAUGUCACUUCUGUUUUAGGUGUUUUAUUGGGUAAGGUGAAUGUUGAUGCUGAUGCAUUCAAUUAGAGGUGGGAAAAUAUAAUCAACAUUGUGAAGACGAGAUAUAAUCGAUAUUUUCCCAAAUCUGGAGGAAAUCAGUUAAAUCUAUUAUCAUAAGUACAUAACCAUAAGCAUAAAUACAAUAAUUUUAGUAAACGAAGCUAAGACGUGAUCUAAAGUUUCUUAGAACUCCAUAAUUUAACUCAUUUUUAUUUGGUAUUCCUAAUUGAUGUGAUUUUAACUUAUCUGUUUGAAUUUGAACUUGCAAAAUUUAUGUUGCUGUGCUGUGCAUUUUGAAUUGAUGUACCGAAUGACAGUUUCAAAUUUAAUUCAGAAUGAUAUCGGUUUUUGACUUUGAUCUUCACACGUCUGAGAUUAGAUCCUAAAGUCCUCUUCAAAUUAUAGUAUUGUUAAUGACAGAGCAACAAAGCUAUACUCACUCAUGUGGAUGAUAUUCUUUCAGAAUCCAGCAUUAAGCUUAAUCCGUUUGGUAUAAACCUAUACAAUAAUGUCAAGUAACUACGUUUUUAAAAAUUUCGGAAAAUAGAAAUAUAUAAAAAAAAAAGUUUGAUAGAACGAGCCAACGAAUUGCAACAAGGACAAGGGAGAACACGAGAAAUAAAAGAACUGGUAGUACAAAUUAAAAACCUAAUAACUCGAUAUGAUCGUUGAAGCCACCUCGACUUGUUGAACCGAAAAAUUCUCCGGAUUCAAGAAUAUACAACAUGAGAAAACUAUUUGAGUAAGCUUAUGCACCCUUCCUCCGCUGUCAUCUUGAACAAAAAAAAAUGUGUUUCAAGAUGAAUUUUAUUUCUGUAUAAGCGCAUGUGUUCGUUCGAUUUUAAGCUUUCAGCACGUUAAAUGUAAAUUUUAAACUAGAUAAAAACAAUGAAAAGUACAUUGCGAUAUUCAUAUGCUAGUCCACUAAACGCUAGAGUUUCGUAUCGAUCAAAAUUUUUAGAGAAUGAUAUUUCGAUGCGUGUUUACCUUAUAGGUUUACGUGAUUGGUUUCUGCCCUAAGCCGGAAACCGGUUCUUCCUCUAAAUCGAGUGCAUUCGCUAAUUUCCAGUAGCUCUGAUAAGAAAAAUACUCAGAAAUGUAAGCACAAAUUUACUACUCCUUGCCAGUUAGCCGCUAGACAACCCUAUGUUUAAAUGCGUACAUUAGCUCUAAGGAACAAAUUUACGUUACCAGAACUUGCCAUUGAUCUUAUUUUGUUAAACGAGUUUAUUCUGUUUUGUUUUGUUUGAUUUAGAACAUGUGAGAGAGGCAUUCAAGCUAAUGCUACAAAGAUGCAAUACAGCAUUGUACAUACAAUUGCAUCUGCUACGUAUAUGAACGAAAGAAGUUAAAAAAAUACAAAAUCUUCUACGGAUGGACAAUGUAAACCAAAAACCAAAAAAAAACAAAAGAGAUGAUCGAAAUGUUGCAAUCCAACUGCCAUUUCAAUCAAAAUAUUUACCCAUAGAAAAGUGCAACUCUGAAAAAAUGGCAUCAACAAAUAUUUUCCCGUAAUGAAUCCCUUUAUAGAAAUGUAAUUUUCCGUUGUAACAAACAAAGAGGAAAUCUGUAGCCGUAUACAAUUGUAAAGGACCUCAAUCGUAAUGGAUUGGUCAAUGGAACCUCCGAAAAUGUCACUAUAGUGCCUGUAAGACCUUCUAUCGCCGCUAGACCACUAAAUAACCGUCUGGUUUGUCUCCUGUGUAACAAAUGCCGGAACACCUGAAAGAAGACGAUAGCUUUAUUUAAGAAUGACCUUUCCCUUUGCCUUUCCUUCACAGAAGAGAAAACUCGAAAGAUAAAAAAAAAACUCGGAUAAAAACUACAAACCUGAAAGUGCCAUUUGAUCCAGAAUAAAGAAAAGUUUAUACCAAGCGAAAAGAUAGCAAAAGUGUAGUAAUAUACGAACACAGGAAACUUUACAAAUUACAAAUCCCCGGAAAUGUAAAACAGAAUGCCUUUUAAGUAACUGCAAGUACUUAGAGAAAAAAAAAACAUAACAUAGUACACAAACAAGAAUGAUACAGCUUUUUACAAGACUCUCUUUUUUCGGUUGUUACAACCGUCGUCGAUUUUAGAAUCAAUUUAUCACAAUAGUUUACCCGGGAAGGCAGUUAUCGACAAAUAGUUUAGGUCCAAAACAAAUAAUUUAGAAGCAUCGAACUCAUGGUGACGAGAAUCCUUUUUUCCCUUUUCUUAUUCAUAGGAUAAAUUUGUGAUAUAAAAAUUAAUGAUAGAAAUUCAGUUCCGUCACAUAUUAUUUUUCAAAAUUGUUUUAAAAAUAUAUUACAUACCUACUAGAACCCCCUCCUUAUAUGUGAUUUAUACUAAAAACAAAGAAAGAGAGAAAGGGAAAUACGAAGAAGUAGCAAGAAAAAAACAUCAACUAUCUGAAUCGACAAUUUGUUUAUUUUCACAAUCGGAUAUUUACACGAAUAAAAUUUUAAUAUAACAGUUAUACUCUAAACUUAACUAUACAGUGAUGACUACGACGACAUUUUUGACUUAAUCCCUAUAUAUUUCUGAAGGAAUCGUAACUUUUGUGUAUCACAGAACGGCCAAUUGAGUUUAAAAAUUACAGCAAGAAUUUAUUCACUCUACAAGCAAAACAAAAACCAAAAGACAUCUCAAACAUCAUCAACAUUUAGCAUUUGUAUACUUAAACCGACUUAGACACUUUUAACAAUCUAAUGAAUCAACCGAAGAUAUACAAGAAUGAACUUCAGCCUACAGCCGUCCGAAAUUGUGGUUUAAUUUCCGAAUCAGUAAUCUAUUUAUCAAACUAUAUCGAGUUCCCCCGUCGAAUCAAAACAAAUCAGCUUCUCUGACGCAAGUAACAGAUAAACAAAAAAUAGUUCUAAAUGUUCUACCUGUAAAACAUCUCUGUAAUUUCCUUCAUAAUCCAUAAGACCGCUAGGGAAAAUCCCAUUCUAGAUAGAGUGAUUCGAUUCGUUAGUACAAACAAAAAAAAGUGUAUGCAAAAACCUUAGUUCAUCAACCUAAACAUCCUUCAGCGAUACAUUUUUCAAAACAAAAUUAAUGUGAACAGCAUAUGGUGGACGUCCGAAUGAAACAUAUCCAUAAAAAAGCCUGUUAAACAAAUUUUAAGAAAUAAAAAAUCCCAAAAAACCACACAUCUCUCUCUCUAAAGAAGCAACAACUAUCGUAAACCAUCUAAUAGACUAACGUUGCUUCUGAACAAAUUACAACCACAAAUGUGGAAAGAAACAAAAAGUGUUGAAAACAACAAAAAUAAAUCCAGUGUACUAAGUAGGAGAUGUAUCUGAUAAGAUUUAGUUAUUAAAGUAACUUUUCUCCUGAUUAUGGUAACGAUGAUAUUUAAAUCAAACACAUAAAAUCUCGACCAUCAGUAACUUGAGCGAAUCCUCAAGUCCGAGCAAUGAAGAGAAUCAAUCUUAAAGAUAAACUCAAUAGUUGUUAGAAGAACAGAAGGAUAAAAAGAAGUAACCUGAUUAAAAGAAAAAUUAUUCCCGUACAGCAAACAAAAACGAAAAAAAACGUAACUUCAAUAUGUUAUCAAUACAACAACAACAACAAAACCACAAAAACCUAUAAUUUUAAUAUAAACUGAAUGUUGUCAAAGCACAUAAAUAUAAAUACUAUAGAAAAAUCAGAGAAUCCGAAAUAUACAUAUACGUAUUCUUU